GGGGAGGAGAGAGGGCUGGGGGGGAGAGCAGGGAUGGGGGGAGGGGAGCUGGGGGGGCUGGGGGGGCGGCCCGGGGCUCCCCCGCCCCCUCGGGAUCCCCCCCGCUAAAUGUGGAAAAAAUGACGCCAUCACCCGCCCCGCGGUGACGUCAGCGCGGCGGGCGGCGCGGAUUGGUCGCGCGCGGCCCCGGCCCGGGGGGGCUCCGCGACUUUUAAAAGUGGCGGCGGCGCCGGGUCGGGACCGGGACGAGCGACCCGGGACGGACCGACCGACCCCACCGGGAGCGACCGACCCGGGAACCCCGAACCGGCCGCGACCGACCCGCCGGGACCCCCCGAGCCCCCCGGGAACCCCUGAACCGGGACCCCCCUCCGACCCCAUGUCCAACGCGAACUUCAACCGCGGCCCGGCCUACGGGCUGUCGGCCGAGGUGAAGAACAAGCUGGCGCAGAAAUACGACCCGCAGCGGGAGCGGGAGCUGCGCACCUGGAUCGAGGGGACGACCGGACGGCGCCUCGGGGACAAUUUCAUGGACGGGCUGAAGGACGGAGUCAUCCUCUGCGAGCUGAUCAACAAGCUGCAGCCGGGCUCCGUGCAGAAGGUGAACGACCCCGUCCAGAACUGGCACAAGCUGGAGAACAUCGGGAACUUCCUCCGCGCCAUCAAGCGCUACGGGGUGAAGCCGCACGACAUCUUCGAGGCCAACGACCUGUUUGAGAACACGAACCACACGCAGGUGCAGUCGACGCUGAUGGCGCUGGCCAGCCAGGCCAAGACCAAGGGGAACAACGUGGGGCUGGGGGUGAAAUACGCGGAGAAGCAGCAGCGACGGUUCCACCCCGAGAAACUGCGCGAGGGGCUGAACAUCAUCGGGCUGCAGAUGGGCACCAACAAGUUCGCCAGCCAGCAGGGCAUGACGGCCUACGGGACGCGGAGGCACCUGUACGACCCCAAACUGGGCACCGACCAACCGCUGGACCAGGUCACCAUCAGCCUGCAGAUGGGGACCAACAAGGGGUCUGUCCAGGCUGGAAUGACGGCCCCGGGCACCAAGCGGCAGAUCUUCGAGCCGUCGCUGGGCACCCAGCACUGCGACACGGGCACCAUCGGGCUGCAGAUGGGCAGCAACAAGGGCGCGUCGCAGACGGGGAUGACGGUGUACGGGCUCCCGCGCCAGGUGUACGACCCCAAGUACUGCGGGGGCCCCGCGCUGCUGGGGGAGGACGGGCUGGACGGGCCCUUCGAGCACCAGUGAGCGCAGCGGCCCCCCCGGCACUGACACCCCCGCAUCACCCCCGCAAUAAACACACACGCAAAGCG